AUGGUGAGGUGGAUCUUGCCAACCUCGCGCCGCGAACACUAUCUUCCGCCCCCACCUAUCGACCCUAAAGAUGUCACCAUAGUAGCGCUGCGAUUGAAGCACCAGAUCGAACAAGUCGUUCCGUGCGAGCUCGAGGAAGAGCACAUCACCAAAGCGCAUAGUCACAUCAUCACCCCGGCGGUGCUAGAGACGGCGAAGCAGGCAGGAGCUCCCGAGCACAAUGCUUGUGUAGUGUUCUGCUUGUUGCAGGUCAAGAAGUGGUUUAAGAAACAGGCUACGGCCGAGCUAUGGGACGCAGAUCUUCAUAAUGUGCGCGCCGUGGCGGCAGAGAUCAUGGCGAAGCGCUUGAUCGAAGCUGAGGAGGACACCGCCUAUUUGUUUGAGGAGGUCCUACUCAAGCGCUAUUCGACUCUGAUAGACGGAGAGCCAACUACACCCGCUAACGCUGUAGAGAAAGCCGUCGACCUCCACGCCGUGACGGUAAUCGGAUCGUCCGGAUACCAAAAGUGCAUCAAUUACUUAUGGCGCGGUUGGAUUGUCCAGGAUGACGAAGACCCCAGCAGGUUCGUCACGUACGAGAACAAGACCAACACCAGCUAUUGGGCGCAUCUCGACCCUGAUCGUAUGCGCGUGCCGAAAUAUCAGAACUGGGUGCAAAUUGCACUAUCGCUCAUCUACCUGGGUCUUUAUACCGGCGCUAUCAACACCAUCAACCCCUCAGGUGAUCUCGAUGUUGUCGAGGGUCUGCUGUACCUCUUUACCCUAGGCUUCAUCUGCGACGAGGUGAACAAGUUCUGGAAGGUCGGACGCUACUACUUGUCUUUCUGGAAUAUGUUCAACAGCACCCUGUAUGCGCUGCUCACCGUCUCCUUUGUGUUGCGCAUGGUAGCUCUAGGACAUCCCGUCAGUGAUGAAAAGGACACGAGACGCACGACCCUGAACAAGAUGAGCUAUGAUUUCCUGGCCUUUACUGCGCCCAUGUUCUGGAUGCGUCUUCUUUUGUACCUUGACACUUUCCGCUUCUUCGGCGCCAUGCUUGUGGUACUCAAAGUUAUGAUGCGCGAGUCGCUCAUUUUCUUCGCGCUACUACUAGUUGUCAUGGUUGGCUUUUUCCAAGCUUUCAUCGGUCUGGAUAUUGCAGACGACCAGCUCGCAAACGACACCUGGUUCGUCAUCCAAGCCAUGCUCAACGCCGUCAUGCAGUCCCCCGAAUUUGAAGGUUUCGACAACUUCUCCCCCCCCUUUGGAAUAAUCCUCUACUACAUCUUCACAUUCGUAGUAAUGGUAAUCCUGCUCAACAUCCUCAUCGCCCUCUACAACUCGGCCUACGAAGACAUUACCGAAAACGCAAUCGACGAAUACAUGGCGCUCUUCUCGCAAAAAACCAUGCAAUUCGUCCGCGCACCCGACGAAAACGUCUUCAUCGCCCCGUUCAACCUCAUCGAAAUGGUCUUCCUCAUACUGCCGUUUGAAUGGUGGAUGGACUCUGCCCGCUACGAUAAACUAAACGACAUGGUCAUGGCGGUUAUUUACUCCCCGCUCCUCCUCGUUACCGCCCUGCUUGAGCAGCAGGAAGCUUGGGUUGUGAAAGAGAAUCGGCGCCGCGGCGAGGACGACGAGGAUACCACCAUGGAAUGGGAACAGGUUCUUGAAGGGUGUGAUUUUGAGGCUGAUGGUUGGGAUAAGAAGGUCAAGGCUUCGAGGCCGAAUGUGGAGUUUGAUACUGCCGUGCUGGAGGUCAGGGAGUUGAGGAAGGAGGUUAGGGAGUUGAAGGAUAUGAUGAGGAAUUUGAUCGAGGGGAAGAGUGGGGCGUGGGGUGAGGAUACGCUUGGGGAUACGUUGGGGGCGAGUGGGUUGGCCAAGUUGGAUGCGAGCAAGUUGGGUAUGCAACAAGGGGAGUCGAGUGAAUCUGGGGGAAGGGACGAGUAA